AUGAAGGCGACGGCGGUGAUUGUGUUGAUCGCAUUCUGCACCCUGGCAGUCGCCCAUGGCGCAGCCAGCGACGCAAUUCAGGGCACUGGCGGCUUCACAGGCCGCAAGAUGCUGCAGACUUCUACUGCGCAAGCACCGGCUACAUCUCAGAGCAGCCCAUCCCCGUCAGGCCCCAUCACCCAGCAGCAGAUCCAAGACCAGGUGAACCAGGACCGCCAGACUGGUGAGCAGCUGCAGGAGCAGAACGAGGCCAAGCAGUACUCUGCGCAAGCCGCCGGUGCCCCUGCCUCUGAGGUUGCCAAAAUGGUUGAUGAGGGACGCAACCAGCAGGAGCAGGCUCAGGAGCAGCGUGAGGCAAAUGAGUACCAGAUGCAGCAGCAGUACAGGGACCAGCAGAGCAGCAGCUCUUCCACUGCAAAUUCGCCCGCACAGGGCUAG